CAGCCCCUGCAGCAGCAAGGCCGUGGCGUUUCCUCAUUCUCCUUCCUCUUUGCUGUGGGACAGAGCCCACUUGGCCAGGGGGCUCCAAGCAGGGCUCUCAGCAGGCCAGCCCAGUGCUAUGCGGGUCUCCCUGAAGCGCUCCCUCACGGCUGUGUUUGCAGCCUCUUUCUUCCUCCUCCUCCUCCUCCUGCACAGGGCCAGCUGGCAGCAGCAGGAUUUCCAGGUCGAUUUUAGGGAUCUACCUUCAGACACAGUCCUGAAGACACUGAAGCAAGGAGCCCUGCACAUCCACCAGGACACAGACAGCCUCUCUGCACUCAACAACAUCUCCUACCACCUCCUUGCUGGUUCCCCAUCAUCCCACAAAAAGUUCUUGGCUGUGGGACUGUCAUCAGUGCAACGACCACGUGGCUAUUACCUCCGAGACACGCUGCAGUCCCUCUUCAAGCAGUCAUCAGAAGAGGAGCUGCAGGAGAUGGUGGUGGUGGUGCACCUGGCCGAUGCAAACCCCAGAUGGAACGCCCACGUGGCCGCUGACAUCAGCCAAAGGUUCUCUCACCACAUCCUCCUGGGCCGGCUCGUGCUUAUCCACACUCCCCAUGAGUUUUACCCGACCCUGGAAGGCCUCAAGAGAAACUACAACGACCCAGAGGCGCGGGUGAAGUUCAGGUCCAAGCAGAACGUGGAUUACGCCUACCUCGUCACCUUUGCUGCCAACCUCUCCUCCUACUACCUGAUGAUUGAGGAUGACGUGUUGUCUGCCAAGUCCUUCUUCACCGCCAUCCGCAAAGCCGUGGCCUCCCAGGAAGGCUCCAACUGGGCCACCCUUGAGUUCUCCAAGCUGGGCUACAUCGGUAAGCUCUACCGCUCCACUGACCUUCCUCGCUUGGCUCGCUUCCUCCUCCUCUUCUACCAGGAGAUGCCCUGUGAUUGGCUGCUGGACCACUUCCGCCUCCUGCUUACCCAGAAGGACGUGAUCCGCUUCAAGCCCUCCCUCUUCCAGCACAUGGGCCUCUACUCCUCCUUCCAAGGUAGUGUCAACCGACUGGAGGAUGACGAGUUCGAGGCCGAUGCCAUGGACCUUCCGGACAACCCACCAGCAGCCGUGUUCACCAACAUGCUUGUCUUUGAGAACUAUGAGCCCUCCAAGGCUUACAGCACAGCAGAGGGAUAUUUCUGGGGGAAAAACCCAGCCGUGGGCAGCAUCUUCUGCAUCGUCUUCCACCAACCAGCCCGUGUUACCCGUGUCCGGGUGAAGACGGGCUCCAAUGAGCGCCAUGGGGACUUCCUGCGUGCAGGGGUUCUGGAGCUGGGCCAGAGGCGGCGGGCUGAUGGCCGGGACUGCUCUGUGUACACCACUGUGGGCACCUUUGAGAAAGGGAACUUAGAACGGCGGGGGCUGGAGAAGGGAGCACCCAACCCUGUGGAGUGUGUGAGGAUCCGGGUCACCCAGAGCCAGAGUGAGUGGCUCAUCAUCCAGAGCAUCGAUAUCUGGACUGCAGGCACCUGAGCAGGGCUGUGAUGGGUCACCACAGUGGUUGGAUUUUGCUCUAAGAAGAGGUUUAUUUUUCUCAGUCCUUUUUUUGAUUUAAAGGAGAAUUAAAU